AUGGGAAACUCCGCUGUUGUCUGGCUCUGCAGGUUAGUCGCCUUAGUGAAACAGGAAAACCGGUCACCGGUUGAAGCAGUCGGCAUGGGAAAAGCCGCCAAGGGUGGAAAAAAACUUCCCUCCGCACCAUUGGCAGACAAAAAGAAGAAGGCCAAAAAGAAUCCUCUGUUCGAGAAGGCUCCGAGGAAUUAUCGUUUGGGUGGUGACAUUCAGCCCAAGCGUGACCUGACCCGCUUCGUGAAAUGGCCCAAGUACAUCCGCCUUCAGCGACAGAAACGAAUCAUGUUGAUGCGUCUGAAGGUGCCUCCUGCGAUCAACCAGUUCAACAUGGCCAUGGACAAGAAUCAGGCCGCCAACGUCCUGAAGCUGUGCAAGAAGUACCAACCAGAGACCAAGGAGGCGAAAAAGGCCCGGUUGAUGGAGAUGGCGAAGGCCAAGAAGGAUGGUGAAGAGGUGAAGAGCAAGAAACCUCAGGUGCUGAAGUAUGGCCUGAACCAUGUGACCACCCUGGUGGAGAACAAGCUGGCCAAGCUGGUGAUCAUUGCUCACGAUGUGGACCCCAUUGAGCUCGUUUGCUGGCUGCCGGCCCUGUGCCGCAAGAAGGACGUGCCUUACUGCAUCAUCAAGGGCAAGUCCCGCCUUGGUCAACUGAUCCACCAGAAGGCCGCUUCCUGCGUGGCCAUCACCAGCGUGAAACCUGAGGAUGAGAAGGAUUUGAACACCCUGAUCAGCAACUUCAAGGCCCAGUUCAACGACAACAUGGAGAACCGCCGCCGCUGGGGUGGAGGCAUCAUGGGCAUCAAGUCGCAGCACGUGACCCAGCGCCGUGAGCGCGCCAUCCAAGCCGAAAAGGCGAAGAAGUUGGGUCUGCAGUUGGCAUAGACGGCGCGGCAUCCCGCACGACGAAACGAGUAAACUGAGUAAACGAGUUGAGACGGCGACGAGGAAAAA